AUGGGGCAAAUUUCGGAGCUGGUAUAUUCCUUGUCUGAGGAACAAAUAAAGUCAAUCCUCCUCAAGACACUGGACAAAGAACCAGCUGUCCUCUAUAACAUUCUGCAGUCACGGCAGUGGAGAGAUGCUGAGGGUGGGGGUACCAGUCUUGCUGAGGAUGGUGGUGAUUCUGACAGUGGGAACUGUGCUGAGGGUGGGGACCUUACUGGUGAUGGUGACGUCGCCAAGGGUAGCAGCGGAGGUGGUGACGUUGCCAAGGGUACCGGCGGAGGUGGUGACGUUGCCAAGGGUAGCAGCGGAGGUGGUGACGUUGCCAAGGGUAGCGGUGGAGGUGGUGACGUUGCCAAGGGUAACAGCGGAGAUGGUGACGUUGCCAAGGGUAACAGCGGAGGUGGUGACGUUGCCAAGGGUAACAGCAGAGGCAGAGAUGGUGCUGUUGCCAAGGGUAACAGCGGAGGUGGUGACGUUGCCAAGGGUACCGGCGGAGGUGGUGACGUUGCCAAGGGUAGCAGCGGAGGUGGUGACGUUGCCAAGGGUAGCAGCGGAGGUGGUGACGUUGCCAAGGGUAGCGGUGGAGGUGGUGACGUUGCCAAGGGUAACAGCGGAGAUGGUGACGUUGCCAAGGGUAACAGCGGAGGUGGUGACGUUGCCAAGGGUAACAGCAGAGAUGGUGCUGUUGCCAAGGGUAACAGCGGAGGUGGUGACGUUGCCAAGGGUAGCGGCGGAGGUGGUGCCGUUGCCAAGGGUAACAGCGGAGAUGGUGACGUUGCCAAGGGUAACAGCGGAGGUGGUGACGUUGCCAAGGGUAACAGCAGAGAUGGUGCUGUUGCCAAGGGUAACAGCGGAGGUGGUGAUGUUGUCAAGGGUAACAGCGGAGGUGGUGCCGUUGCCAAGGGUAGUGGCGGAGGUGGUAAAGUUGCCAAGGGCAAAAAGGGGAGAGGUGGCAGAGGGACAAGAAGUAGUGACAACAAACCGAAGUGGUGUUCUUGUGGUCAAUGCCAGAAGAUGUUAAGGGACGAAGAGAGGUUCUGUUGCGGCGCUGAUCCAGUGUCCUGUGUCUCCAACCUCCCUGACAUGGAGAUGUACAUCCUUGACCCUGGUAGGUUGCGGUUGAACAGGGCCCUGAGAAACGACAUCCUGGCCUUAAAGGAUGACCUUCAAGACCCAGGUUCUGAUAACAGGGAGUUUCGACGCGCUGCAUACAGGCAUUUUCUGCUGUGGCAGUAUGGCCGACUGGGGGAGGGGGGCAGGGUGAAGAUACCCAGUUGUUGUGUUUCUAAAAUAAGGAAGGCUUUUCCUGACCCUUAUGGGCAGUACGAGAGACCGGUUGCAAACCGACUGGACUAGCAAAGACAGCUAAUGAUACGCUACUUAUCCUGUUCUCAAACAACAUUACACUUGGAAUCAUUCACAAUACAACAGAUGAAAUAGCUGCCUGAUUUUAUCCUAAAACUCCCUACAGUUUCUCUUUGGCAUUUGCUAAAGAGGAACAGGGGUAUUGAUGAAGCCAAUGUAAUGCAGAGCAGUCCUUGUCCCUCUGUAUAGGUGAAUCAUUCAUUAGAACGUUUUCUGAGACCAGGAGGAACAAACUAUUCUCCAAGCAGAGGUUAGGCUCUGGAUGAUUGAUGUUUUCUUAAUGUCUCGCGUCCAAGAAAAUAGAAAGAACAAAAUAGAAAUCCCAAUAAAAUCACCUGAAAAACGUUAGAAAUAGCCGGAGCCUACCGCUGCUUGAAGAAUAGAACAAACCAUGUCACAGUUUCACUGUAAAGGAAUGUGUUUCAUUUGGAAAUAAUGAAAAAAAAGAAACAAGUUAAGUGUACCUUCCGCAUAUAAAGGUAGUGACUACAUUGCAUGUAACUACAUGUAUCUUCAUUGCCACACCUUACCCUGUUCCUGAGAGGAACCAGCUAUCCUCAACAUGAACAUGAGUUGGUGGUGCAUAUAUUGGUGCUAGUUUUUAUGACAGUGGAUCAAACCUUGCAGUCUAGUGUCUUUGCCUAGUAUCACUCUCUGACAUGGGCUGGUUCCUACUGACAUUAUAAGUAGAAUUUUUAGAAAAUGUAGAGUGUUUUCCCCGUAGCCUUUUGUCAAGCUAGUAGUGAAAAAGAUGUGAGUAAAACCCACCAUCUGCUUGGUUUUGGAACCAGGUCAUCAACAUGAUUAUACUAUACUAGUACCAUUAGGCUCGCCCUAGCAUUGUGUGCAAGUAAAAAAAAGGGUUUGUCUUAGAAAACCUGUAGAAAAAUGCUGGUACAUUUUAACAUGAUGCUAUUGGAUGAUGAUGAUGAUGAUUAACAUUAAUAGCUAAUAUCUAACCUAAGCUCUGAUUGUUUACUAACAAAAAAUGUUAAAGAAAACUCCAACAAAAACAUUUUGUUUUUCCUACUGGGGAAAAUAGAAUGAGGCAACACAGUUCCGGUUGUAUAGAGAAAGGUAGUAAGGUUGUGCACUCAAGGUAUGAUAAGUAACGUUGGGCAUUUUUGUGCACAUCCAUGCAUGUGUCCUGAAAAGUUCAGCUGUCAUGCCAUACAAAAAUAUGUCUUGGGUCCUUGUCAGUGGUUGGUUCUGUCACAGCUUGCUCAAAAAUCUUAUGACAUAAAAAUUGUAUGUGGAUUGUAUCAAUUUUGUGACCAUGCCUUUGUAGUUUUGUGAAAGAACUGUACUAUAUUUGCAGUAACAUUUUACGUUUGUCAUGUUCUCUUAGACUUAGACUUAACUUGAAACGUAUGUUGGCUCACAGACUUAUUUCAUUAUGCCUCCAUGUCACUUAUCUUCAACAUACUUGCAUUUGAAAUAAAGUUAUCACUUCGAAAAUA